UCUAUCUUAAUCAUAAUAUCGUCUCAUUGAGUUGUUCAUUAAUUUGUUCUUCUUUUCAUCAUUUUCAUUACUAAAGUUGCUUGCUUGCUUCCAUGCAUCUCUACAGAGAGAUAUACAAAGAGAUCAUUAGAUCACAUUAGUAGCUGCUAGUAUGGCUGAGUUGACCGAGCAAAAGAAAACUAUGUCUGAUUAUAUUGAGAAAGCCAAGAACAGAGCUAAGAACAUUGUAGAUAAUUUUGCACUUACAAAGAAACCAGAAACAGAUCUGGAAACCAAAGAAGAUAAUGCAAAUUCAGUGACCAUUGCCGCCAAAGUUUCCGUGAACAAUCCCUAUAAUAUCGAGAUUUCCAUAAUUAAGGCAACUUAUGACUUCUUUUAUGGUGAUGGGAAAAAGGUGAAUGGAAUUUUGCAAGAUCAAGGAAAGUUGAAGGCCAAAACGGAAAAUCUGCUGGAUGUACGAGUAAAAGUUCCACUUAGUAGUCUGGCGAGGCCAGGAAGUGAUCAUAUGGCGGAUAUCGACUAUAGGCUAGGGAUGAAUAUUACUAUUGAUAUACCUGUGAUUGGACAUGUUAUCAUUCCAGUCUCUGGGAAAGGAAAGUUCAGACGCCCGUCGACGACUAUGUCUGAUUUCUUAAUUAGUGAUCAAGCAGGACAAGAAAAUGAGAUUGUUCAUGAAGUAAGCCAGGAUGAAGUAGUCAUACAAGAAGUUAGCCAGAAAAGAGUAGAUUUCAGACCAUAA